AGUUCCGGGUGAAGUUUUCUGCAGAGACAAGCCCCCCUCUCGCCACCCUUUAAAAUACACCAUUAAAUGACAAUAAAUCUAGAAAUUACAACCUUAAAACUUUGAUAUUACCCCGUGGGAUUUAAGAAUCGUUAAUUUAUCCAUCCACAAAACUGAACCGCUGCUUUUUAUCCUACAAUCUCCUGGCUCACCGUUUGUACGAGGUUAGCACUAGCCUGUUAGCAUCUCCUCCGUCUCUGCCUUCACCUCUGCGCUUCUCUACCGCUGGCGCCUCUGCUCUUUUCUCGUCCUGGACUCGCUCUGCUCUGGUCUGUUUCACGUUUGGGGCUUCAGUGUUUCUCCACCAGACCACAUUGUGUCCCGGCCCUGUACGAACCCCAUGAGACCUGCGGGGGGCGCCGCGCUCUAGAGCCAGCAAUGCCCGGUCCCACUCCUGCCUCCAGCAAAGCAAGGGUCUACACAGAUGUCAACACCCACAAGAACCGCGAGUACUGGGACUACGACGCCUACACGCCCAACUGGAGUAAUCAGGACAACUACCAGCUGGUGCGGAAACUGGGCCGAGGGAAAUACAGUGAAGUGUUUGAAGCCAUAAAUGUUACCAACAAUGACAAAGUGGUUGUCAAAAUACUCAAGCCAGUAAAAAAGAAGAAAAUUAAAAGAGAAAUCAAAAUAUUGGAAAAUCUAAAAGGAGGAACCAACAUCAUUCGACUGGUGGAUACAGUCAAAGAUCCAGUGUCCCGAACGCCAGCGCUUGUUUUUGAAUUCAUCAAUAACACAGACUUUAAGGAGCUGUACCAGAAGCUGACAGACUAUGACAUUCGUUUCUACAUGUAUGAGCUGCUAAAGGCCCUUGACUACUGUCACAGUAUGGGCAUCAUGCAUCGAGACGUGAAGCCGCACAACGUCAUGAUCGAUCACCAACUCAGGAAGCUGCGUCUCAUUGAUUGGGGUUUGGCGGAGUUCUAUCAUCCUGCUCAAGAGUACAAUGUUAGGGUUGCCUCACGCUAUUUCAAAGGCCCUGAGCUGCUAGUCGACUAUCAGAUGUAUGACUACAGUCUGGACAUGUGGAGUCUUGGCUGUAUGUUGGCCAGUAUGAUUUUCCUGAAGGAGCCAUUUUUCCACGGACAGGACAACUAUGAUCAGUUGGUGCGCAUUGCCAAAGUCUUGGGCACAGACGAGCUGUUCGGAUACCUGCACAAAUACCACAUAGAGCUGGACACGCGCUUCAAGGACCUGCUCGGACAACAGUCUCGUAAACGCUGGGAGCAGUUUGUGCAGCCAGAGAACCAGCACCUGGUGAGUCCUGAGGCUCUGGACCUGCUCGACAAGCUCCUGAGAUAUGACCAUCAGACCAGACUGAGCGCAGCCGAGGCAAUGCAACACCCGUAUUUCUUUCCUGUUGUGAAGGAACAGACAAACGCCAACUCAGACGGAUCCAAGGCAGUGAACUCGAAUGCCACAUGAUACUUAUUCAACAGGAUGAAUCUUUGUUACCUCAGCUUGUGAUGUUUCCGACAGCCUCUGAUUCAACUCGACGGCCAUAAACAGAGCAGGACUGUACCCCAAAUACCCCUAAAUAUACCCUUAAAGUAUCCCAAAAACCCUCUAAGUCCUCCCUCUAAGUCCUCCCCUAGACCCUAACCCAGUCUGAAACCACGCCCAGUCCCUCUACUUUAUUUACCCAAAUAUUUAUAACUCUACACUGUACAAAGUGACUUAUUUUUAGGCAAUAAUCUUAUUCCAAUGUACAUUUGUUAUUAACGAAUGCAAUGAACUGCUUAUAACAGUUUUAUUCUUUAUGUAUGAGAUAGUAGUUACAUAUUUAUAUUAUAUAGGAGAAGCAGAUGUAUUAUUACAAAGGUUUACAGAUUGUUUACAUGUACAAAAGUGUCAAAAAGUCACAGGGACUUGAAAUUCAGGGCAAAAUGGUGUGGAAAUUUAGUUGAAUAGACUUAAUUUAAAUGAGUUGGAUUCUGUUGCAUAGGGAUGCUCCUGCCUGAAGGGGGCAGUAUGUCAUUAUUUACUGAACGGAGAGUAGAGAACGAACAAAUCUUGGUUAGGGCUGAGAGAUUUUAUUUAAAGAGGGGGUAUUCUGCCAAAUCAACUUUUUGGAACUGUCUGACCUGUUAUAAUGUUGUUCCCUCAUCAGAUGUCAUCCAAGCACAUUUCAGUAUUUUAGCGAUCUCUCCAGGGUCUUAUUCAAACCCUACUUACGGUUAGCUGUGUGAUUCUGCAAAAGCAUGAUACAAAAUGAUAUACUACAACUUGACAAACUUGAUGCAACGUGUAAUAGUUUUAACAGCAGGAUGCACGCUGAUUAUGUUGUGAUAGAGCUCAGGAGGAGGAGUGACUUAGCACAAAGAGCAAAAGAAGGGUGGAGACUCAGAGCGUAAAAAACUGAAACUUAUAAAACAUGCUAAUAUGUUGUUGUUUUUUUUCCAGUAUAGCAUUUUCAAAACAAUUGUGAUUUAAAUGUUAUGUGUUAGCAGUUAAUACCCCAUAGCAUCAUAAU